UGCUGCUGUGUACAGCGUUCGUAUUUGUGUUGUGCGGUGUACCUGUCGUCAUCUUCCCUGAUUUUCGACUCAACGUCCCUCUCCGGGAAACGAUCAAUUGUUCCGCAGCUUCAUCCGCGCUGCUGCAGCGCUGCAAGAGAGCCAGGCGUUGCUGAUCGACGCGAGCUGUGAAGCACCCCGGGGACGACCAUGAGCCAGGCCGAGUCAGGCGGCGACAGCCAAUGUCUGGAAGCCUUUGUGGUAGCGCUCGACCUUACUUGUGACGGAGAGAAGUGGUAUGCGUCGACACAGCAACUCCAGCUCGCGUCCCUCGACCUGUGCAAGGCUUGCCGGGGGGUGCCUACGUUGGCGUUGAGCGUGGAACGCAGCACGCCCGAAUACCUGUGGGCGGAGGCCGCCCGGGGACCUCGAGGCCGCCUCACCGGGGAGAAGAAGCCGCCUGCGGCGCGGACACGGACACGCGUGCCGCCGUUCGGACCGCGUCGCGUGAUGUGGAAGCUGCGGGCCCGUGAGCUGGGGCUCGCCCGGAAAGAGCUCUGGGCGAACGUGCAGUGCUUGCUGUUCACUGGAUACCACAACGACUGGGUCUGCGACGGCUUCUCGUGGCCGACCGGCCUCAAGAGGCUCGAUCUGGGCUACAGGUUAUUUUCCAUCGAGCAAGUGUCUUGGCCUGCGACGCUGGAGCGCCUGAGUGUUGGGCCGCACUUUAACCAAUCCAUCCAGAACGUCGUGUGGCCAGAGUCUUUGCAAGAAAUUUGUUUUGGUGCUGGAUUCUGGCAUAGAUUCGACGGGGCAAAAUGGCCCGCCUCUAUGCGGCGGGUAUUCCUCACCGGUUACCAUCCGAUGCCGGUCUGGCCCGGCGUGCAGAUCAGAGCGGAACAGCUACACAGUAAGGCUUUUCUCUCGGGCGGUCCAUGA